AGACCCAAAGCCACACGCAGAAGGCCAGAUUCAGAAAAAAAAACUACACGGAAAUACACACCGGCUCCUUCGAUAGUCCAUUCCAGAAACAGAGCAUCAUCUUCUGAAAGAUGGCCAACCCUCAUUCCGUUGCUUUCCUUGUCAUUUGUUCCGUCGUACUAGUGAUCAGUUCAUCGGCCGUCGUCAACGCCGGAGGCGACCGCCAUCACCACCUGGGGCUAGGGCUGGUUCGCACUAAGUCGAGCUGUGAGGGUUCAAUUGCAGAGUGCCUGAAUGGAGAGGAGUUUGACUUGGACUCGGAGACCAACCGCCGCAUCUUGGCCACGUCGCAGUACAUCAGCUACGGAGCUUUGCAGAGGAACACCGUGCCCUGCUCUCGCCGUGGCGCCUCCUACUACAACUGCCGACCCGGUGCUCAGGCUAACCCUUACAGUCGUGGCUGCAGCGCCAUUACAAGGUGCAGGAGCUAGAAUUUUGCUGCUAUAAAAAUUCCCCUCCUGUAUUUAUUUACUGUUUAUUUUUCAAGCUGAUUUGAUUGCUAUAUACUUGUAUUAAUCAUACCCCCGGGACCGAGCAUAUGCAAUUUCGAGUUGAUGGACUUGUCGGUCACAGUUGUGUUGAUUGAUAAUAAUACAUGCCGUUAUACUGGUACCCCUGCGUUUUGGACGUUUCUGAGGCGAGGAGGGCACCGGCAGUGUCCUUCUAUUGGUGUUUGGAAACAGUGAUUCGUCACAGAUUCCUGUUUGGGCAAUAUUUUGAAUUUGGGCAACACCGCGCAUCAUGCGAGUCCUCUUUUUUCUUUUUGGGCUAUUUUUUGAUUUUUGAUUGUUGAAUCCCUAGUACCGAUUGUUUGUUAAUGAUUUUAGCACCUGUCUUUUUUCCCUUAACAUUCUUUGUUCCAUGCUAUAAUGUCUAUAACCUUGUCUUUUAAA